AUGAGUGCACCGUCAGAAUUUCCCGCUGCUACUACAGCGCCAGUCACCGACUCACAGGCCAAAGCUCCAGCUUUGUCGUCUCCGUCAGUUGAGGAUCAAAACUCUGCUGCGACUACAUUGCAACCUUCGGCUCAGGUUCCGCCUUCAGAUAUUAGUGCGAACGAUGAGAAAGAUAUUGAAUUGAACCUCCCCUCUUCCGCUGCUGAUGGCCUGAUUCAGAAGCCAUUCCCCCGCCCUCUUGAUACAGCAAAACCAGCGGCUCCUGCUCGGCUUACCCCUGAUCAGCAAUCGAAAUAUGAGGCAGUCCUGAGGGCGGUUUCCGAAUGGUCCACUGUUCCGACAACAUCUGCAAAAAAUGCUCCCGCAGCGCCAAUCACAGACGAUGAGCGCAUGUUCUUGACCCGGGAAUGUCUUCUGCGGUACUUGCGCGCUACGAAAUGGAAUGUCGCCGAAGCCAUCACCCGGCUACAGCGCACUCUCACUUGGCGGCGCGAAUAUGGCCUGGAAAAGCUGACCCCGGACUACAUCUCGAUUGAGAACGAGACAGGAAAGCAGGUCAUCCUCGGAUACGACAUUCAUGCACGACCCUGUCUCUACCUCUUGCCAUCCAACCAGAACACAGAGAAGAGUGACCGCCAGGUUGAGCACCUGGUCUUCAUGCUGGAGCGCGUGAUCGACCUUAUGGGGCCGGACCAGGAAACUUUGGCCCUUAUCGUGAAUUUCAAUGAGACCAAGUCUGGGCAGAACGCGAGUAUCGGUCAAGCUAAGCAGACGCUCAACAUUCUUCAAAACCACUAUCCGGAGAGACUGGGGCGGGCAUUGGUCAUAAAUGUGCCGUUCGUCAUCUGGGGCUUUUUCAAGCUGAUCACUCCGUUUAUCGAUCCAUUGACUCGGGAGAAAUUGAAGUUCAACGAAGAUCUUCGGCAGCAUGUGCCUGCCGGUCACCUGAUGAAAUCCGUAGGUGGUGAUGUGGAAUUUCGAUAUGAUCAUUCCAUUUACUGGCCGACUUUGAAUCAGCUGGCCGGUAAGAGGAGGAACGAGUACCGACAGCGCUGGAUUCAGGGAGGCAAACGUAUCGGAGAGUUUGAGCAUUAUCUCAAGACCGGUACCAGCCCCAGUCUGUCACAGACCGAGGGUCCCAACGGGUCUGGCGAGAAGUCAUGA